GAGUGAGUGACUGGGCGAGGAGGUCCCCUCCUUCCCUCCCUCCCUCCCUCCCUCCCUCCGUCCCGGUCCCCUCCCCUGCUCGCAGCCCGCCGGCUCCAGCUCGCUCCCUGCCCACUCCCGGGGGGACGUUCCGUGCCGCGGCCGCUGCGGCCGCCGCUUCUUUCACACUUGAGUUGGGAGCCGCGCGCCGCGCUCAGUUACUGGCGAGCUGGCCGCGCGCCGCCGCCUCCCGCACGCACGCACGCACGCGGGCCGGGCUUCGGGGGCUUAGGCUCUUACUCCCGGCAGCUGGGAGGAGGGGGAGACCCCGUCUGACUGUGGGGAGGAGGAGGAAGAGGAGGAGGAGGGAGGAAGAAAACAGGCGAGGAGCACCCGGGCGGGGGGCGGGAGGCUUGCCACCUUCAGCCCCCCCGCGAGCGCCCAAGGUGCACACAUCCUGACCGACUCAGCAAGCAGGUGGAUUUUCUUUGUGUCUAAAGAAAAAGAAAAUGUCCCCGUGUCUGUAGAGAUGAUUUGCAGUUCAGCCCGGCUGAAGCUGACCGAAUGAGACUAUGGGCUGUGCCUCCGCCAAGCAUGUUGCCACUGUUCAAAAUGAAGAGGAAGCCCAGAAAGGGAAGAACUACCAGAACGGAGAUGUGUUUGGUGAUGAGUAUAGGAUCAAACCGGUGGAAGAAGUCAAAUACAUGAAAAAUGGGGCAGAAGAGGAGCAGAAAAUAGCAGCCAGGAACCAAGAAAACUUGGAAAAAAGUGCCAGUUCAAAUGUCAGACUUAAAACCAAUAAAGAGAUUCCGGGAUUAGUUCAUCAGCCCAGAGCAAACAUGCACAUCUCUGAAAGCCAACAAGAAUUCUUCAGAAUGCUGGAUGAAAAAAUCGAGAAGGGUCGAGAUUACUGUUCCGAAGAAGAGGAUAUCACAUAGCACCAAUUCUACCACUUAAACCGGGAGCUACUACUGUGUAAAUAGGUUACACCCCAGUUGAAAUCUUUGCAAAGGUCGGUUCUCUUCAGCGAACAGCACUAUAGCAAAAGAAGAUCGUUUCAUAUCGUAUGCCCCAUUAAAUUACAGUGUUUCUUAAUGAACUUGCAAAGGAAUAUUGCUAAAAAAAAAAAACAAAAAACAAAAAACUGUUCUCGAACUUUCUUUGUUGCUGCUAGUUAAAACUUGUUGCAACUUUUCACUUCUCUCAAUGUCCAGGUCUGCAGCAAAACUCUGCAGUUUCACCUUAAAGAUACUGUUGGUUUUACAGAUGCUCUCCAGCCUAUUUUCUAUAAGAGGAGGUAGUGGGGAACUCAGAUAUCCAGCUUCUGUUCUAGACCGGUUCCACUCCCAACACAAGCGCCUCUUCCCCUCUCUCCUUCCUCCCUGCCUCCCCUGAGCAGCCCAAAGCCUUGCUUCUCCCUGGCAGUGUCGCGCUUUGGAGAUGGGAUGGUUGCUAUGGCAAAGCCUUGUUUCUCUGCUAAGAAGAAAUAGAGACGCUAUUAUCGAUUAAAAGCAUGUGGUGACAUGACUCCCGGAGGUGACACAGGAGCGAGCGGCAGGUUGUUUCAUGUCCUGGGUCUCCUACUCAAAGGUCACGCUUGCAACAUCAGUUUUGCUCAGAUGCAGAUGGAAGUGUGACCGCAAUCAUUUCGAAUCCUUCUUGCCCACUUUUUUUUUCUAAGGAAAUAAACAUUGUACUGUUUUUAUGCAUCCUUGUCUUCUCCCGUUCAUCCAGCGCAGUGUUUUACGAUGAUCCUGGGUGCAGAAGACGAGCCUUCCGUAGCAGUGACACCGGUAACCCACCUAGAUGGCUCCCUGCCAUCCGUUUACAAUCCUGCAAGCGUGCGCAGUGCUGUCAGUGGUCAGAGGAGAUGGGGGGGAUGUCCCCCGGCUUUGUAGGAGGGCCCGAAGCCACCCCGUCCCCUUUCAUUUCGUUAGCAGAUGAACCGCCCUGCUUCCUAAUUCCGCCCCUUCCCCCUUCACCACGUGACGGGAGCCUUGCCGCCUCUUCUCUCUUGCUUGGGGCACCGGAUGGUGCCGCGAAAAGCCUCUUCCGACGGGAGCACGCAGAACGGUGACGCUGGCGGUGACACGCGGAGACGCGAAAGCCAAAGCCCCCGGCAGCCGUGGGGACCGUGAACCACGGGUUCCGUAGAGUUUAUUUUUCCAUAUUCUAUGAAGAGGAUGACCUCUUCUCAAAGAUAGAAGUAAUAUUUUUAACAAAUGCUGUCACGAGUAAAUAGCCAUCCAAAGGAGAAAAUAACUUUUGUAUUUUUUUAACACGAGCGAUAGCUUUGACGAGGGUUCUCUGGGUUACUUCCACGAGGGCGUCCUGUCCGUGGUCCCGCCAGCCGGCCGGGCACUUUGUGGGUUUAUCCCACAAAGAUCCAGGAGGAGCGCCACGUCUGUCUCCCCUGGCGGGGUCGUUGAACGCGAAGGGUCUGCCCAUCCGCCGCACGCACCCCCCCCCCCGCCCCGCAGUGGGUGGUUCCCCCGCUCUGGACAGUCCGGAGGUCACCUGCCACUAGCCUAAGCCUCACGUGGUCUCACCAAGAGGAUGCGCCGCCGCCGCCUAAAAAUCCAUCCACUAGCUGAUGGCACCCGCCGAUGUGUUCAGGGUGCGAUUCCUUAGCUCCGUUUAGACCCCGUUACACCGAAAGCAGGAGCAAGGAAAUCCAGCCCAGCCCUAGAGAAAAUGGACUCGAUGUCAGCAACAGAAGCCCUUCCCUCUUUCUGCCAGCAGCAGCAGCUAUUUUGGGGAGCAGCUGUAGUUGUUACAUAAAUAGAGAUGCAGCCAAAAUUUCAGGCUUUUUAUCCUGCUUCAAGCAGAAAAAUGCUGGGAGAGUCGAGUCGCCUGGGGUUUUCAGUUCCCUCCCUUUGUAUGGUUUUUGGCCAAGCGCCUGAAAUAGUUCUCCUCGCUGUAAACGACCUGCUAAGCCCCACCUCAGACUCGUCCACCCAGGGACUUGUUCCCUGUUCCAAGGAUGACCUUCUCCCGAGAUCCCUUGUUCUUAUGGAGCAAGAAUGAAGCAGACACUAAACGUCUUCCAUCUGACUCUCCUACUCGGUGUCCGAGAUAAUUAUGUCUUCCCCGAAAAUUACCACCCCCUUCUAUGCUGAGAUGAAAGCUGCUCAUGUCUUUUUCUUAGGGUCACGUGUAACAUUGUGACAUGGUACACAUGUACCCUGAACCAUGCAUCCCUUGGGAAUCUGGCUUUAUGAGUGUUUCCUGAAACCCAAGGUAUUGUGCCUGGGACCCAGUGGCUUGUCACCAGGAGUUCUGUUCCCCUGGUUUUACACUGGCUACCUCUUUGAUAUGCAAAAAAAAAUUUGAUUUCAUCUGCAGACACAUCUGGUACAUCUAGAAAUAGAUCUGAGAAAUAGGGUGGCUGAGCGGGUUGGCAUGAAAUGCUUAAUUAUGUUAGCAACACUGAAAACUGUCUGUUUUCCAUUUGUUGGUUUUAAUCAUAAAUUUGUCAAGUGA